AAUGGACGUGUUUCCGCACCACAGCAUUUGAAUUGGUUUCGCAAUAGAAAAAUUUUCGUGUUUUCUAUCUGGAUGCAAACAUAAAUUGUCAGUGUUUUUUUGCCCCUUUAAUACGUUUGCAAAUACAAAAUUCUCAGUGGAAUAUAAGCAAUCCAGAACAAUAGACUUCAAUUUUUGCAGCGCAUCAAGCUAAUUUUCAAACACUAUCAUGUUAUUAAAAGUGCCAUCUGUUGACUGGACGGAUCAAAUAGUUUAUGUGGUGGACGACGACGAAUCUCUUUCUGACUUCGAUGAUGAACCCGAUUUUUCAGAAUAUAUGUGGAUGGAGAAUGAGGAAGAGUUCGAUAAGAACGAACUGCAACGAUUAGAAGAGGAAGAAAUAAUGCAAGAGUGCUUUGAGGCAAUGAUCGAGGAUGAACUGGAAGAGCAAAUAAAUGAGUGGGAAAAAGCCAAAACGGAAGAACAGAACACGGCACUAUCUGCACUGCCUAAAACCCAAUGUAAUGUUGAGAAAUCUGUUCUUAAUCCCAUGGCCGAUGAAUUUGUACCACUUUGCCAUCAAAUAGAGUUUAUAGCCUCGUAAGCCCGGCCACAAAACAGUCUGAACAAAUCGAACCUCACACAACAGUGUUUCAGUUAAGAUGUCUUAAGCGCUACGCAAUUCAAAUUCACAUAGCAAUAACUCGAUAAACGUUUCUAUACAUCAUAUAUUCCUCACUCUCGCCCAUGUCUUGCAAAAUAGUCCACUUUCAACCAGGCAACAGUGUAAAAAAAACCUAAAAAAAACUACUAUAAAACAAAAUUUCAAAAACGCGCACAGACACAACACACGUUAAGAUUACAUUAACCAACUCAACCGAAAUGCAAACGAAUACCAUAAACAAAAAAAAAAUUAUAAAAAAAAUUUAAAUCAAUACAAAAAAAAGAAAAGAAAUGAAACGAAGAAAAUACCUUAACUUAAAUUACGCGUAUCAAAUAUCUCGUUUAACAAGACAAAUUUUUUGCUAUCUGAAUACAGACGUGCCGUGCUAAAGCUAGUGAAAACUUUCGUAUUAACGUACAAAAAAAAAAACUAAUGACUUUACACACGAUUACGAUUAAUUGU